AGCCACGGCCUCCAAGCCGCGCCUCGACCCGCCAUCGCGCCGCUUCGGCUUCUGACAGGUCUCGGCUGCCUCAAGCCUCAGCGAGGAUAACGCUCCUGAGCUCGGGUUCUGAGCAACCGGCGCGAAAAUGGAAGGCGUCUUUUACCUAAAGUUGCUCUUCGUUGUAGCCAUUGUGCCAGGAGUCGUCGGCGUCACAGGCCUAGAGCUGUCCAUCAACGCCAACACGGCGGGCUACCAGCUGGAGACGGAGGUGGGCCUGACCCAGUCCCUCUGGUGCGCCGUGAAGCAUCCCGGCCAGGAAGAGGAAUUGCGGUGGCUGCGGGGAGACCAAGAAGUGAUCCUGCAGGAGGGGAACAAAGCCAACGCCAGCAACAUCUGCAUCUCCCCCGUCACUGACGAGGACCACGGCGUCUCCUUCACCUGCCAGCUGGCCCGGAACAAAUCCGUCCAGAUCUCCGUGCUGCUGAACGUCACCUUUGCCCCCAUCCUAACCGAAGACCCUCCGGGCAUCCCCGCCGAGUGGGACGCGACCCUCGAUUGCCACGUCAAAGCCAACCCUCCCGCUCAACUUCGCUGGCUGAAGGACAACGAAACCCUGAGCCUGGGGGACUCCCGCUACUGGAUCGUCCAAACCAGCGAGCUGUUUCAGCUGACCAUUAAGCAACUCCAACCUUCGGACGGAGGGAUAUACACCUGCGAGGCUCGCUCUCGGCGUGGAAUGAGCCGUAAGGAUUUCCACCUGGUCGUCGAAGAGACAAAACUCCCCUUCCCCACCGAAGCUGUCAUCGCUGCGGGGUGGUCCUGUCACUCAUCGUUCUCUUCAGUUUUGCAGUUCGAUGGAAGAAGAUUGUACAGUGUUUCAAGAAAACCGAUCCUGCGAGCCACACCGCCCUGUAAAGGAAUUCUUACUCUGGAGCAACCUCUUAGCUGACCCGUGUGGCUUCAGAUGGCCAAUCUUUCCUCUCUGCAAGGAAAUUCUUAGCGCCGUUGAACCGUUGCUUUGAUUUCGAACUUUAAAUAAAUCAAAUUUAUAACUUCUCUGUGUUCAAGCAACAUUAACAUAUAGAACUGAUCCACUUUCAAGCGACAAUAAAAUGUAUAGAUUAACAGA